AUGAGCGAAGCCGACGGCGCGAGCCCUUCUUCGGAAGAGACCUCCUUUACUCCCGUGGUCGACGAGCCCUCGACCAAUCCGCAGGCCGCAAAGGCGAAGCAGAACGGCAAGAAGGUUCGGAACACAAAGCGCUCAGCGAAACCCCAAGCAGCCGAAGCGAACACAGAAGCAAAGGAGGUUCCGGCAACUGCGGUGGUCCCAGAAGACACCGUGCCUGCUGAGGCAGAGGCCACACCGGAAGCAGCUGCCCCUGUCAAGGAGGCACCUGCUCCGGCGAAGGGCAAAGCCCAGGGCUCCGCCGAGUGUGCUGGACAGGGCCUGCCUGCGACAGUGGAGCAAACUGCUGCCGCACCGGAGGAUGAGCAGAAGGAGGUGGCGGCAGCAGGCCCGAAGGAGAUGGAGCAGCCAAGAGAGGAUGUGAGUACGAGUGCUGAGGGCGACAAGGGCAAAGCAGAGGUGGAAGCUGGCGACCUGAACAAGGUGGCGGCAGCAGGCCCGGACGAGACGGAGCAUCCAAGAGAGGAUGUGAGUGCGAGUGCUGAGGGCGACAAGUGCAAAGAGGAGGACAGCUUGGUAGAAGCUGCAGGAAGGGGCGACCUGGAAAAGGUGAAGGAGUUCCUGGCCAACAGCUCCGAUCCCAAUGAGUUGGAAAAUGGCAAAGAGACUUCUAGUUUCGCGCCAGAGCCUGCCGCAUUUCGUCGGCUCGCCCAAGAGAAGGGGCUGCUCGCCCCCCCAGAUGGUAAAUUGCCGGGGACCACGGCCCUCAUCGCAGCGGUCGUGUCGGGGCACAGCCAUGUCGCAUGGGAGCUCUUACGGUCGAGAGCUGACUUGGAUGCCAGAGAUUCCGAUGGGCUCACGGCGCUCUCGGCAGCUUCUUGCUCGACGGCUUGCGACAUCCACAUGUGGUUCCUGCUGCAUCGUGCAGCAAGUCAAACGCAAAAAAGCAUAAAUCAGAGUUCGAGCAGUGAAGCAGACAUCCAGGAGAGCGAUUUUCGCAAAAGGUUCGUUAACAACUUUUGCAGGCGCUUCUUGUGGGACAGGAACCACCAGGAGGAAGAGACACGGAUCUUGCGCAUGCUCGUGACACUGCUGCUUGGACAAGGGCAGGACUGCACGGAAAUGGUUCGUGGCUUGCUGAAAAAGGCCGGGCUUCCGUGCAGCCCGCAACAUCGGCAAGUUGACGAUUGGCUCAUGGAGUAG